UUAGUCAGUCGAAAGAUGACGAUUUGUGAUUAAUAGAGUUGGAUUUUUCACAUUUGUUCUUCUGUCUUCUGUGUCUAUAGAAGAUGGCGACAUUCGUUCCGGAUGAGAUUCUAGAAAACGUUCUUAGUCGGUUGCCUGUUAAGUGUCUGCUCCGUUUAAGGUGCGUUUCUAAAUCUUGGCUUUCUCUAAUUAGUAGCCCUCGUUUCGUCAAAUUGCAUCUCAACAGAUCAGUACAAACCAAGAGCAACCUUAACCUAUUCAUGAUAGACGGUCAGUAUUUCUCUCGGUGGAAUUUGUAUUCUCCCGACCACGACCACGACCACGUUCUUCGACCGGCGGAGAUCGUUAGACAUCCGUUGAGGUGUCGGAAGUAUGCAAUCCAAAAUUGGGGCUCUUGUGACGGAUUGAUCUGUUUGUCAAAUGCCUUCUUAGAUGACUUUGUCUGUUUAUGGAAUCCAUCAACAAAAAAAUCUAUAAUACUGCCUUACUCGUCCAGCACAUUGACACGGAAUGAUGAACGAACUUAUGGAUUUUAUUACGAUAUCACCAAUGACGAUUACAGAGUGGUGAGAACUACAUUGUUUGGUGGGGAAAUCUUUGAUUACGAGAUUAAGGUUUAUAGUUUGAGAUCAAAUUCGUGGCAUAUGUUAGAGAAGUUUCAUCAAGGUCCAAAUUUUAAUAGUGAAGUUGCCAUAGCUUGUGGAGCUCUGCACUGGACGUUAGGAAGAGCAGAAGAAGAGGAAAUUUGGAUUGUUGCCUUUGAUCUCGCGACAGAGAGGUACCGAGUAAUUUCACAGCCUCACUACAGUGGUCUUCCUUACAUUAUAAGUUUGAGUACUUUUAAAGGAUGCUUAUCAUUAUCUUGUCAUUGCUACUCACAUGCAAAUCCUGUGGAUGUUUGGUUGCUAAAUGAAUAUGGUGAAAAGAAUGAAUAUUGGUCGAGAUUGGUUUCAUUGCCGCUAAUACCAACAGAUAAUUGGGACUCUGCUGCGAAACCUUUGGCUUAUUCAAAAUGUGGUAAGAAAGUACUGCUGGAGAUAGAUUGUACUGAGCUUGUUUGGUAUAACUUAGAACAGGAGUCAGUUGAAGAUAUUGAAGAUAUUACGAUGUUACAAGAUUUGGAACAUUUUAUUCAAAUCUACACUUAUUCGGAAAGUCUAGUCUCCGUCAGCUGAAGAAUUCAAGAAGAAUAAAGAAAAGAAAUACAAAGAAAACUUGGGUGAUGGUGGAGUGCGGAAGAAAGAUGGAAAGAUGAAGAAAGAAACAGUCAAAGAUUGAGGGUAAAGUAAAAAUGACUGCUUGGGUUACAUGGUUUAUUACUGCAUAUUAAAAAUUAUUGUUAUUUUGAUUUAGAAUGACUUGGCUGUCUGCAGUGAAGCUCACUUGCUGAGUUUUAAGACCAUUUCAAAAUUUACAACUUAUCUUAUUAAUCUAAUGUCUUAUGCCUUAUGUAAUGGGGGCGUGAUUUUCACUAAAAUCUAGGUUUCAUGUGACCAUCUAAAGAGCCCUUUUCAAAAGUUAUUUGUUUGAAAAUUAAUUUGUGAAACUUUCUUUCCAGCUGAAUGACAAGCUUAAGAUCCACUGUCUGAUAUUUUAAAGACUAAAUGAAAAUUAGGUUACAUAUUUUGGGAAUUU